AUGGCUUUUAGUUUUAAAUCUUCUAAGUACUUGCUCAUAGCCCUUAACUUACUCUACUUAGUUGUUGCUUUCAUUCUUGUUGGCGUUGCUGCGUAUGCCAGGCUGAGCAUCUAUGUGACGAGCGUUCAUAUUGUUGGCGGUAUUAUAGCUUGUGGAGUCUUCCUCUUUGUGCUUGCUGUAGUUGGAUUGUUGGGCGCUAUCAAACACAACCAGCCAAUAUUAUUUUUCUAUAUAAUCCUACUUUUCAGCCUCUUUCUCGUCCAGUUUUCUGUAGCAUGCGCUUGUCUGUCACUCUCCAGUGAUUAUCAAAAGAUUUUAGUUGAGACGGCGUGGAAACAAAGCUCCAAUAACUCAAAACUAACUGUCAUGACGGCGUUUAAGUGUUGUGGUCUCCAUAAAGCCGAUCUGCUUCCAUCUGACCCACUGGGAUGUCCCCCGUGCAAGUUAGCCAAGCUGUCUUGCUGCGAUACACCUGAUGGUGAAACUGCUAAAUGCUGUCAAGGUCCAGAUGUGGGGAAUAAAACGUUUUGCCCAUGUACUACAACUUGUUGGACUGUAAUUCAAGAACGGUUAUCAACUGGUGUCCGAGUUACUGGUGCCACUAGCCUUUUCUUCAGCGUUAUUGAACUUCUAGGAGUCUGGACAGCUCUUCGCUAUCGGCACCAACGUGAUCCUUUACUUGAUCCGAACAGCGUUCUUUGA